CAGAGACAGAAGAGCUCAAGAACAAAAGCAGCAGCAAAGAUCAGUGAUCUGCAGGUUGCCAACACUCUGUUGCUCCAACCUAUCAUCUUCAAUUCAAAGUCGAAGAAUUCACUAUCGAAAUCUCGAUUUUUCUGCGUUGAUUUGGAUCCAUCCAGCUCCGAUGGUAGCUCAAUCACAGAGAAACAAAGUCCAGUUCAAAUGACAGACACUUCUCAGGGAAAGCCUAAAGGGAAGGAAGUGAUUCCUGUUGAUUCUUCAGCUUCAAGAUCAUUGAACCAGGAGGGCAAAAUUAACAACUUGAAGAAUUUCAGAAGCACAAGAUCAUUCAGGAGAAAGGGAAGAUCAAAGAUCGUGAAACCAACUAAGCCUUUGUCUGAUGAUGGAGCAAGCCCAUCAGAAUCAUCUACACCUGACAUCAAGAACCAAGGCAAAAAGGGCAUUUCCCAGGCAAGUCUUCAUUCUCAGGAAAAUUUAGGAUCAUCUGGUCCGAAAUCUUUGCAAACUUUAAUGAGGACAACUAGUUUGAGGACUAUGAGGGCUAGUUUCAAGUCCAAGAAGUGGCCUUCUUUUAGGUGUUCUCAAGUUCCCAAGGUCAAAACUGUGGGUAAACCUACUUGUUCUUCCACCAUUAAGAACUCAAAGUUCACUGAAAAUGCUGGACUGAAAAUUAGGCAAACUGAAUCAGAUAGACUAGACAUGUAUAAAGUUUGCUCAUACCAUCAUUGUUCUCUCCAUGGCCAUUCUCAUGAUCCGUCGAACCCUCCAAAGCGCUUUUAUAUGAGAAGAAAAUCAUUGAAAUCAAAGAAAAGCAUAAAAAGGAAAAACGAAAGCAACUCAAAUUCGAAUGCAGCCCUUUCUGUCACAGAAGACAGCAAUGUGGAUUCUGACUCCAAGAACCUUCUUCAUCCACCUGAUGGUGAAGCCAAAGCUUCUGCUGAGAAAGAGAAGAAUACGAGAAUGUGGCACCUAAUACGUCGGCAUUUACAUUCAGGUCUUGCUGCAGAAGCCAAAAACAAAACGAACCAUGAAUUUCACGACGAAAAUCUUGCUGAUGAUUCCAGCAAAUUACCUGCACCAGAAAGUUCUGGAUUAAGUAGUACUGCAGAUCAGGAUGUGAAGCUUCUUGCUGUUAAGCUUGUUCGAGAGGCAAUAGAGAAGAUUCUUCUUCCUGAGGUUCCUGACCAGUCACCUGAUGAUCUAUCAAAUACAAGUGACACUGCACCAGACCAAGAACCCUUGGAAAAGAAUCUUGGCGAAACAAGUACUGGCAGCAAUAUAGAGAAGACAAAAAGAGAGGUAGCAAAUGGAGCUGAAAGGAAAGCACCAAAACACUGGAGCAAUCUGAAGAAAUGGAUUCUGCUGCAACGAUUCAUCAAGGAAAUGGAAAAGGUGAGGAAGAUAAGCCCAAGGAAGCCAAGGAAUUUGCAGUUGGAGCCUGAUCCUGAACCAGAAAAUGUUCAUUUGAGACGACAAAUCGUGGAGGAGAGGAAACGAGGAGAAGAAUGGAUGCUCGAUUAUGCACUUCAGCAAGCAAUAAGCCAACUUGCCCCAACCCAGAAAAGAAAAGUGGAAAUGCUUGUAAAGGCAUUUGAAACAGUGGUGCCUCCUCAGGGAGAUCAGCAUUUUCAAUUCUCAUUUCCCAAGCUCAAAUCCAAUGAUGAAGAUGAUGGCUUUGUUUCAGGAGAAAAUGAAACAAUCAGUAAGGCCAAUGAUGAUAUUCUAUCUUGCUGUAACCCUAUAGACAAUGACACUCAAUCAUCAAAAUCAGAUGUAAUCAAAGUUGAAGCAGAUGCUCAGAAAGAAGUCCAUGAAUAUGCUCACAAUCUCAUCGCGAAAACAGCAAGAGAAUCUGAGAAACAACCUGAUGAAUUCCAUGGAGAAUAUCCCAAUGAUGGAACAGGCAGAGCAGAGUUGGGAACUCAAAAUUACAUCAGUAUGUGGCACAUGGUAUCUCAGCAUGUUCUAUCAGGUAUUGCAUCAAAAAUUGGAAGUGAGCUUCUUGAUGGAGCAGAUGAUGAAACAAAACCCCGUGGCUCUCGUGACCAGGAUCUAUCCAAACCACGCGACAAAGGAGAAGCAGGAAAUGAUGAUCUCGGUUACAGGAGAAAUUUUAACAGAGACGACGCCAUCAAACUCGUUAGAGAGGCAGUUAACGAGAUCCUCAUAACACAGUCUCAAGAUGAUUCUGUUCAUACAAAAUCAGAUCAACUGAACAGAACAGAAAGCUCACAACACAACAAUAACUUGAACCUGGGAGAAGAAGGGAAAGAGACAAUAGCAGCUGAUAAUGUGAUUGCAAAUGAUGAAAGCAGAGAAGUUUCAGAAGCUAAAGGCAAGGGUGAAGUGCCAAAAUCCUCCAAGAAGUGGAGCAAGCUGAAAAAUCUACUCCUUCUAAAGAGAUCAAUCAUGGCCAUGGAAAAUGCUAGGAAGCUGAAAUUGCGAAAACCACAAAAUCUGCCAUUGAUGCCUAAUACAGAACCAGAACGAGUCGAUCUAAGACACCAGAUGAUGGAUGAGAGGAAGAAAGCUGAACAAUGGAUGCUUGAUUAUGCAGUGCAGCAUAUUGUGACUAAAUUAACCCCAGCAAGGAAAAGAAGGGUGGCAAUGCUAGUUGAAGCUUUUGAAGCAGUUGUUCCGUUUCCAGAAAUUUAAGUCCAAGAAUUAUGAUAUGAAGUUCAUGCAUUUGUUUUGGUGAGACUUAACAUUAAGGCAAGCACAAAAGGAUUCUUAUUUAUGGUAUUCAUAGUUUAAGAACAGUUCUAUGUAUGUUUGUCAAAAACAAAAACAUGCAUAUGCAUGUUUGUUGUUAUUUUGUACAGAACAUGUUUCUAAUUGGGGUUUUCUAAAAGAUUUUUUUUUUUUUU